AAGGUACCCAUAUUGUUUGCGGAGACUUUCCAUGGGGAAAAUGGAGGAAGCUAUCGGGUGUUUUGUAUUGGAGGACUGCUCAACAGAGACAUUGGUAUGUAAAAAAAAAAACACUAUUGGCAGGCGUUAUUAAAUUCUGUAAUUAACCUCUAGAUAUGUCCAGGACACCAAUUUAACACUUCUCACUUGGUGAGCCUUUCAGAUACAUAUUAAUUAACAAAUAACCUCUAGAUAUCUGCAGGACACCAACUUAACACCUUAGUCUGUAUUCUUGGACUUGGUGAGUCAUACAGUUACAAUUAUCUCCUGAUUCUCUCCACUAAAUAUAUACCUAAAAUAUGAAUCCGAUCUGAUGCCUGUGUCCUACUUUUAAAAAGCAACCAACUUCAUAAUCACAUGCUGUGUGUGGCAAGAGAUGCACAGUCCAGUGAACUUAAAAAAAUAUCAUCAGUGUCCCUUUAUUAUCAGGAUAGAACUGGCAGAUACAGUCCAGUGAACUUAAAAAAAUAUCAUCAGUGUCCCUUUAUUAUCAGGAUAGAACUGGCAGAUACAGUCCAGUGAACUUAAAAAAACAUCAUCAGUGUCCCUUUCAGGAUAGAACUCGCAGAUACAGUCCAGUGAACUUAAACAUAUCAUCAGUGUCCCCUUAGUAUCAGGAUAGAACUGGCAGAUACAGUCCAGUGAACUUAAACAUAUCUUCUUCUUCUAUAUCUUAAGGGCCCACGAUCAAUUUAUUGAUCAUUUUGGCUCCUAUAAUAUCAUCAGUGUCCCAUUAGUAUCAGGAUAGAACUGGCAGAUACAGUCCAGUGAACUUAAACAUAUCAUCAGUGUCCCAUUAGUAUCAGGUUAGAACUCGCAGAUACAGUCCAGUGAACUUAAACAUAUCAUCAGUGUCCCGUUAGUAUCAGGAUAGAACUGGCAGAUACAGUCCAGUGAACUUAAACAUAUCAUCAGUGUCCCUUUAGUAUCAGGAUAGAACUCGCAGAUACAGAUAAAGGUCUGAGGUCUCAGUGUAAACUUGGCCCAAGUUUAUCUCCAUCUAACUCCAAGUCCCUAAUCAAUAAAAAUAAUUUAGAGACACCUUGGCUUAGAUUUGGUAACCGGCCUCAUUCAGAGGUGGAUAUUAAAUAAUAUUUACACUUUUAGACAAAGCAACAGAGGCACCUCCAGCCAAGCAUGCAUCGCCCACAAGCUAUAACGAGGUCAUGGACAUACUUUGGUCACAUUCAGGUACACAAAACCUUUAAUAUCAAUUUUUUUUUAAAAUGAAUUAAAAUUUUUACAUAAGUUGCUUCCAGGGUCAAAUAAAAUAAUUUAGUAUGUCAAUUAUUAUAUGAAGUUGUUAUUCUCUGAUUUGCAUUAGAAUUAAUUACAAAUUAUGACAGGCUGAGAUUUAAAAAAAAAUUAAUAUAUUAGUAAUUCUCUAUUUUGUCUGAUUCUUCUACAUGCUCCUGUAAACAAAUUCAAGUUUUCCUUACAAACAUUUAAUGACACUCAUCAAAUUAUUUAUUGAGCAUGUAAAUGUAAUUAUAUUCUGCUUCCUCAUUCUUUGCAAGGUUCCCACACUCUAAUUAGAAUCUUUCCUCCAUUAAAAAAAAAUGUCAAUAUCCAGGUGGCCAAAGGAUGAGGGACUCCCUUGACAAGAUUUUAAACACAUUUGCAUCUACCUACGACAGACUUGAAGGAGAGAGUCUACGAAGCAUUAUGGUAAAUUAACGUUUAAUGCUAUUCUUAUAUAUCGAUGUAAUAUGUUUAUUUUUAUCUGUUGUUGCUUUUUGUGGUCCUUAUUUUGUAUAUUAAAAUUAUUUUUUUUGCCCUUUGCAUAUUUGAAUUUUAAAAUGACAGGAUGCUGCAAACACUCACUUCACAAAAGCAAUGCAGCUCCUGCUUAGAGACACUGUAGUGGUAAGUUAAAAUUGUUUACAAUGAGCUUAAAGCCGACAUGUUUAGAAAACAAUUUACCGUAUGUCAACUAAACAUUUGGAGAAUUUUGAAUAAUUUUUUUAUAGACGUUUUUUAAAAACGAUGAAAUAAAGGCAUCAAACCUAGAGAACUAAUACGGAUAAUUAAUUAAAUUUUAUGUAUUUUUCCUAAUCCUAUAUAAUUAUUGACUGCAGCGAUUUUUGUCUCUUUUUUUUCCCCCCGCCUGUCAGAAAAAAUCAGCUCGACACAACCACCAUUACAUGGAAAAUCUCAAAAUUGCUGUUGAGGUAUGCAGUGGAGGACAGGCUUAAUUAUUUUUAAUUAUUACAUUUUAUUAGUUAUGUGUUUUGUUUCAUGUAUCUUAUCAUGUCCAUGAGUCCUUUUUUUUAAAAAAAAUUUUGCAACUCCUCGCUUCUUUUCUUCUUGAGUUUUUCUGUUAAGGAAAAGUUUUAAUUAAUUAAUUUAAUUACUACGACUUGGAAACCAAAGAAGAAGGGCGGUCAGAUUGGUCUUCUUAACUUUGUAUAUUUUUUUUACAUGUUAAUAUGUACAAAAUGAAAAUUGGAACUAAGCUAAGAAUUUUAUUUUCAUAGUUUACCUGUAAUUUAAAACAAGAAAAGAAAUCUGGCAACUAAUCAAGAAAAUUGCGCAGAGUUUUAGAAAAUUUUGAUGCCUUUUAUAAUAAGUCAUCCAAUGUCUCAUCAAAUUUAGUGACUUUGGUUUUAAAUUGUAUUUGUGGCCACUUAUGAUUCAAUAUGUCUUAGACCUACAUGAUGAAUGCAGUACACAAGCGCCUGUUCCGCGUAAUAACUGCGACAGUGGCCGCCCAGGAUGCUGAACUCAAUAAAAUAACACGCAAUCUGAUUGACCUACAA